AUGCGUAGGCAAAAAGUGGCGCCAGCUGCCGGCGUGGUGCACCACGACUCUCUCUGUCAUGAUGGACAGGGAUACGAAGAACACGUUAAGCAACCAGACUCGCCUGAUGUACCAGAGUCUCCAAGCCAGGAGCUGCCGCGCACGCGGAUCUCGCGAGAGUGUUCGGGUUGCAGCGAUGGAGUGAAACGCAGUUGCGGCUGCGGGCGGUGUUACUGCUGUUCCCGUGCUGCGCUUGACGACUUUAUGCAGCAGCGGAUGUCGGCUUGGGAACCUUUGCUCACUCCGAGGCGUAUUUUGUUCGUAUUAUUUGGAGUGGGCCUGAUUUUUGUUGUCUUGGGGUUUGUCAUCCUCCUAGUAAACAACAGUAUUGUGGAAUGUAAAGUGAACUACACAGACAUGGAUGGCGACGUCAGCCUGAAGAUAGACGCUUCGACAUGCACCGACACUUCUAUUACGGAAAUAACGGGAGAUGUUUUGCUCUACUACGAAUUGUCCAACUAUUUUCAGAAUCAUCGCCACUUCAUGAAGUCGCGAUCUGAUAAACAGUUGGAAGGGAAGGUUUACACCGCAGCUUCAGAAGUGCGAACUGCGUGCGACCCUCGGGUGGAGUCAUCCGAUGGGCGUGUGCUGCAUCCAUGUGGUUUGAGUGCGGGUUCGGUAUUUACGGAUGUUUUUUCGGCUGUGGAGGAGGACGAGAUAACGGAAAUAGAACUCGACGAGUCAAGAGAAGCGAUUUGCUGGGAUUGGGAUCUUUCCACAUUCAAAAACCCGUCCAGCGAAGAAAUGAAUGCCGCUGCUCCGCAGGUUGACUUUUGGCUUUUUAACCAAACAUACGCUUCCGCUUUACACAUGGACAAACCCGGUGUUGGCUGGGGAGUGGAGAAUUCACAUUUUAUUGUCUGGAUGAGAGAGUCGCCUUUGCCCGUAUUCCGAAAGGUAUAUGGACGGUUCGUGGCGCAACCUCUGAAGCUUCCCUUUUACAUAAAGGUCACAAACAACACCUAUGACGUGAAGUCUUUCGGCGGUUCAAAGAGCGUAGUGGUGACACAGGCUUCGUGGCUGGGCGGUCGCACGGCUUUCCUGGGGAUUGCCUAUUUGGUUGUAGGGAGCAUUUGCCUACUCUUCUUCGGCGUUCUCUUCUACUAUCAUAGGAGGAACCCCAGGCACUUGGGGGACGUCUCCUGGCUGCGGAAGGCGCUGUAUUCGUAG